AUGGCACCCAGCGCUGAAUCCAUAGUUGCUGCUCCGUCUGGCCUCAACGGCAUUGCUGCUGGCUAUCCAUGCAAAACGCAGAAGCAUCUCACCAAUGGGGACUCUGAUGCGCAUGACAGUUCUUCAAUCGCACGUCUCUCUCCUUAUGAUGUCUUAUCGUGUGCCCUUCCGCUGCCCACUCCUGCUUCAGCCACGGGGUUCUGGUGGCGGGCAACGGGGCCUCUGAUGAGCAAGCUUCUUGCCAAGGCAAAUUAUCCUCUUUAUACACAUUACAAGUACCUCCUUCUAUAUCAUACCCAUAUUCUUCCAUUGUUGGGCCCUCGACCGCUACUUGGGAAUUCGACACAGGUGUCUCCAAGCAACGCACCCUGGAGGUCCUUCCUGACGGAUGACUUUUCCCCACUGGAACCGAGCUGGAACGUCAAUGGGAGAUCGGAAUCGCAGAGCACAAUCCGGCUUGGUGUUGAGCCCGUGGGCUUUGAAGCCGGAACCACCGCAGACCCAUUCAACCAAGCUGCCGUCACGCAGUUCAUGCACUCGUACGAUGCAACUGAAGUGGGUGCCACGCUGACGCUUUUCGAGCACUUUCGCCAAGACCUUUUUGUUCGUCCGGACUCUUACGCCGGGCUCAGUGCGAAGAUACCAGGAGGCGAGCAUACCACGCAGAGCUUCCUGGCGUUCGAUCUCGACGCGGGCCGAGUCACCACGAAGGCGUACUUUUUCCCGAUUCUCAUGUCGCUGGAAACCGGAAAGAGCACCAUGAGGGUGAUCUCCGACUCAAUUCUCCGCCUGGCGAUGAAAAGUGAGGUUUGGGGUGUGCAGACCAUCGCCGCAUUGUCGGUCCUGGAGGCGUGGAUGGCUAGCCACCACGGUGCGGCAAAGGGGGAGAUGAUCAGCGUCGACUGCGUGGACGAGGCGGAGUCCCGAAUAAAGAUAUAUGUGCGAAUUCCACAGACGUCUUUGCGGGUAGUGAAAGAGGCAUACUGUCUCGGAGGCCGUUUGACAGACGAGAACACGGCGAAGGGCCUAGAACUGCUGGACGAGCUGUGGAGGACUAUCUUCGGGGUAGUCGAUGAGGAGGCAGAGUUGCCGCGAAAUCACCAUCGGACAGCAGGGACAAUAUUCAAUUUUGAACUGCGGCCAGGGAAAUGGUUUCCUGAGCCUAAGGUCUACUUGCCCGUCCGACACUAUUGUGAAAGUGAUGUGCAGAUUGCCAAUCGGCUACAACUGUUCUUUGGGAAGCUCGGAUGGCAAGACCUGGAGAGAGAUUAUUGCAAGCACUUGGAAGAGCUGUUUCCUCAUCACCCACUGUCGUCGUCAACGGGCACACAUACAUAUCUAUCAUUUUCGUACAAGAAGCAAAAGGGGGUGUAUAUGACCAUGUAUUACAGUCCCCGGGUGUACAGCACGAAAAGCACUGAUCUAGUUGAUGCCAAGUCAUGA